AUGUCUCGCAACGGCUCGGCCGGCAACGGCUCCUCGGGCGGGCACGCCGCCACCCGCGACAACGCCGCAGAAGCAUCCCGACGACGAAGCACAGUACCGCAUUACAAUUCUUUUCCGAGCUACAAUGCGAUUCAGCAUGAAACCUCCAGCGGCCGUGGGGCCGCCCAGCACGCCGCUGCCGGCGGAAAGCUCCAGACCCGGGUCCUCGGGCCGGACCUGCUGCGCGGCCUGCUCAUGAUGUUCAUGGCCAUGGACCAUCUCGGCAUAGCCCUGAGACCGUGGGAGCACGGCCUCGGGAAGCACGCGGAGCAGGACGGCGUGCCCGUCGACGAGUGGAAUCGCAUCGCCGGGUACCUCGUCCGGUCGCUCACCCAUCUCUGCGCGCCGGGCUUCACGCUGCUCCUCGGCAUGGGCGUCGUGUACCUGGGCCGCUCGCGCCGGGCGCAGGGCUGGAGCGCGCCGCGGCUGCUCCGCUACUUUGCGCUGCGCAUGAUGGUGCUGACCGUCGUCAUGGUGGCCCACGGCGUCCUCCUGACGGCCGGCCAGGUGUGGUUCCUCAACAUUGUGCUCUUUGCUCUGGCGGUCGACUACUUUCUCGCGGGCGCUCUCUGGCUCGCCGUCGACGCGAUGGAGACGAAGCUCGCCGGGUUCCUGACUAGGACUGUGUUCACAGACGAGGACGCGGCGCGCAAUCACGACAGCGACUCCGACGCCGAGCAGCCGCUCCUGCACGCUGGACGGCCGCAGACGGGCAGCGCAGAAGUAAAGGCCGCCAGAGUAUCGUGGCAUGUACAAAACGUGCUUCUUGCUGUUCUGAGCGUGGUCACUAUCUUCUGGAACAUCUGGCUCUCGGAAGACCAAGGCCAAUGCGCCGUAACAACGUCGGGCACCUCAGACGUUGCCAGCGCCGCUGCAGACUGGGACGACAGAAAGAUGGAUACGUACUGGUGGCUGCACCUCUGGUUCUGGCAAGCUAACGGGCCUGGCGUGCUGUCCGCGUUCCCACCUCUGGCGUGGCUGUCAUUUGCUAUUAUCGGCGUCCUCUACGGCCGGCUCGUCAUCAGCGGCGCGCGCUCGACCUACAACUUGAUUGGCCACGUCGGCGCGAGCCUCAUCUUCGCCGUCGUCUUCGUGCUCACCCGGCUGCUGCACUUUGGCAAUCUCUCCGAGAACUGCCUGCAAACGCCCGAAAACAGGGCCCACCCCACGCGGAACCAAUAUCUCGUGUCGCCCGCGGCAUUUUUCUACACAAUCAAGUACCCGCCGGAUGUGGCCUUUUGGGCGCUCACGCUGGCGGCCAACAUCCUCCUCCUGGCAGCACUUGGGAGGGUUCCGGUCAACUUUGCGAGAAAGUGGCUCGUCAUCGUCCUCGACUUUGGCACGACGUCCCUCUUCUUCUACGUCGUGCAUAUGCCCGUGGUGUUUGUCACAGGCUGGGUCAUGUGUACCCUUUUUGGGCACGAGACUGACCAGAAGGCACCCUCAAGCGUACUCGUCUCUGACAAGGUGAUUGAUAAUGCGUUUGGAUUUUUCGGCGUCUGGGCGCUCAGUUUGCUUAUCAUGUGGCCACUGUGCCGCUGGUAUGGGCAGUUCAAGUUUGGAAAGCCAUCGGAUUCGCUAUGGCGAAUAUUCUAA